AUAGGCGUGGGGCAGGGCUCCCUGCCCCGUUCACCCGCCUUCUUGUUCCUCUCCGACCGCCCGCCUCGCCGGCCGCCACCCGCCGCUUCAGCCUCCCCAUUUACCUCUCCGCCACCGCGGCUUAUCUGACCACUAUAUGCUCCACAGAUGUCACUGCCUCCGCCUCCUCUCCUUUUUCCGCCGCUCCAUCCACUCCUCGUCCUCUCUACCCCACGCGGACGGCGAGCUCGGCACCGCCACCGACCCGACACUACUGGGCCGUCUCACCCGCCUUCUCCUUCUCCACCGCUUCCCCGCCGCCGCCCGCCUCCUCUCCUCAUCCCCCUUCACGCACGCGCUCCUCCACGCCGCCCUCCGCCGCGUGCGCCUCGACCCCGACGCCGCCCUCCACCUUUUCCGCCUCGCUCCGUGCCGCCCCUCCCUCCUCGCUCACGCCCAGCUCCUCCACAUCCUCGCCCACGCGCGCCGCUUCCCCGCCGCCCGUGCCCUCCUUGCAUCCCUCCUCUCCGCCCACUCCGUAGCCCCAACUCUCUUCCCCGACCUCGUCGAGGUGUACAAAGAUUUUUCCUUCUCCGCCGCCUCCUUCGACCUGCUCCUCCGAGCACACGCGGACGCUGGCCAGCUUAAGGACGCCCUCUACGUGUUCGACGAAAUGGGAAAGGCUGGUUCCCGCCGCACGCUGCGGUCCUGCAACCGCCUGCUCAACCAACUGGUACAGGCUGGCGAUAUCGGCACAGCGGUGGCUGUGUUUCAGCAGAUGCGGUGCGCUGGCACAUUGCCAGACGAUUUCACGGUAGCCAUCAUGGCAAAGGCGUACUGCAGGGAUGGGAGGGUGGCACAUGCAGCGGACUUCUUGAAGGAGAUGGAGGAGAUGGGUUUGGAUGUGAACCUGGUAGCAUAUCAUGCGGUGAUGGAUGGGUAUUGUCGAAUAGGACAGACCGAGGUUGCGAGGAAGCUCUUGCAUUCUCUACAGGUUAAGGGUUUGUCACCCAAUGUGGUGACAUAUACCUUGCUUGUUAAGGGGUACUGUAAGGAGGGGAGGAUGGAGGAGGCUGAAAAAGUGGUAAAGGAGAUUAAAGAAAAUGAGAAGAUUGUUAUUGAUGAAGUUGCCUAUGGUGCACUGAUCAAUGGCUAUUGCCAAAGGGGGAGAAUGGAGGAUGCCAAUAGGGUAAGAGAUGAGAUGAUUGAUGCUGGAGUCCAGGUUAAUAUGUUUGUGUAUAACACAAUGAUCAAUGGAUAUUGCAAAUUGGGGAGAAUGGGGGAAGUAGAGAAACUUUUACAGGCCAAUGAGUAUAGAGGGGUGAAUCUGGAUGAGUACAGUUACAAUACUCUAGUAGAUGGGUAUUGCAGAAAGGGUUUCAUGACCAAGGCCUUUGAAACAUGCGAUAUGAUGGUAAGGAAUGGAUUCACAGGGACAACACUGACAUAUAAUACACUUUUGAAUGGUUUUUGCUCGCGUGGCGCUAUUGAUGAUGCACUUAAAUUGUGGUUCUUGAUGUUGAAGAGGGGAGUGGUGCCUAAUGAAAUUAGCUGUAGCACACUGUUGGAUGGUUUCUUCAAAGCAGGUAAAACUGAGCAGGCUCUAAACCUUUGGAAGGAAACCUUAGCAAGGGGUUUGGCAAGAAACGUGGUUACAAUUAACACGGUUAUCAAUGGGUUGUGUAAGAAUAGGAGGAUGACUGAAGCAGAAGAACUAUUUCACAGGAUGAAGGAAUGGAGUUGUCCAUGUGACAGUUUAACUUAUAGAACAUUGAUUGAUGGUUACUGUAAACUAGGUGACCUGGGUAGAGCUACUCAAAUUAGAAUUGAGAUGGAAAAUUUAGGCUUUGUUCCUUCAGUUGAAAUGUUCAAUUCUUUCAUAACUGGACUCUUUAUUGCUAAGCAAAGUGGCAAAGUGAAUGAUAUCCGUGUUGAAAUGAGUGCAAAGGGGCUUUCUCCUAAUACAGUCACUUAUGGAGCCCUGAUAGCUGGUUGGUGUAAAGAAGGCAAUCUGCAUGAUGCCUGCAUUUUGUAUUUUGAAAUGGUCGAGAAAGGUCUGAAGCCAAAUCUGUUCAUUUGCAGUGUGUUAGUGAGCUGUUUCUAUAGAGAGGGGAAGGUUGAUGAAGCAAAUUUGGUGCUGCAAAAACUUGCCGAUACUGACAUGAUUCAGGACUGCAGUGCAAGCACACUUAAUAUUGGCAAAGUAGCACAUAUAAUUGAAUCUCUUGCUGGUGGAAAUCAUCAAUCUGCAAAAAUUAUGUGGAACAUUGUUAUUCUUGGGCUAUGCAAAUUGGGCAGGGUUGCAGAUGCUAGAAAUUUGUUUGAGGAUCUUAAAGUAAAGGGAUUUAUUCCUGAUAAUUUUACUUAUUCUAGCCUCAUCCAUGGCUGCUCUGCGUCAGGUUCUAUUGAUCUAGCUUUUGGUCUGAGGGAUGAGAUGUUAAGUGCCAGGCUUACUCCAAAUAUUGUAACCUACAAUUCUCUCAUCUAUGGCCUCUGCAAGUCUUGUAAUGUUUCAAGGGCAGUUAGUCUUUUCAAUAAGUUGCAGUCAAAGGGUAUAUCCCCUAAUGCUAUCACCUAUAAUACCCUAAUUGAUGGACAUUGCAAGGAUGGCAAUACAACUGAAGCCUUCAAGUUAAAACAAAAGAUGAUAAAGGAAGGUAUUCAGCCUACUGUAUUCACCUAUACUAUACUGAUCCAUGGUCUCUGUACUCAAGGGUAUAUGGAAGAAGCAAUAAAGCUUCUGGAUCAAAUGAUUGAGAAUAAUGUAGACCCAAAUUUUAUUACAUAUUGGACACUGAUUCAAGGUUACGCUCGAUGCGGUAAUAUGAAAGCAAUUACCAAGCUUUACAAUGAGAUGCAUAUCUGUGGACUUCUACCUGCCAAUUGGACAGGACAUGUAAAACAAGCAGAACCUGUUGUAAACAGCAAGAAUGUAAAUAUAUGUCGUGUGAAGAUGCACAGACAGUGCUAACAUAUUCUUUGUAUAUAUACUUUUGUUUACUUGGAAGAAUCUGGCCAGUUGGGAUUUGCAUGAGAAAGCAAAUCACGAGGCUCUGUCUCUAACUUUGUAUCAAUUGCUGAGUUAUUGGUACCUCGUGAUCUUGUAUAUUAAUUCUAUAAAUCUAGCCUAAUCUGUUUCUUUAUUGCUAAUAUUUAUUUCUCGUAUUAGUUUACUUAGUUUUAGGGAUCUUAUUUCACAAACCAGCUUUUUAAUACCAUUAUUACUAGUUUCAAGGUUCUAGGGUUAUCUUCUGAAAAUCCAUGUUCUGCUCUCUCCAUAGCACUUGAUCCUUUUCUUCAUACAUCAGUGCUUAUCUCUCUCUCCCUUUAGACGGAGGGAGGGAGUACUCAUGCAAUCCAUGUGCAUCUUUGGAUUUAUUUUAUUAGGUCACUGGCUCAAGAAGUUUUAAAGGUGGUGGAGAAACAUGCAAACUUCGCCGGUCAAGAAUCUGAUGAAGUAGGGUUUGCGCCGCCGCCACCCUUUCCUCAACCUCCAGCGCCACCACAUCCCUCUCGUCCACCUCCGUCGGAGACCUCGUCGAGUUCACCUGUCUCCGCCAGAGACCGAUGUGGCCUGUUGCUGCCUCCACUGGAAACUCCUUUGACCCGUCGAGGAAUCAACAUGGGAGGCAAGCAGGGACGCAGCAUACGGCGACACGCACGUGUUCCUCACGGUGGGGCCAAUCAACAUGGCAAGCAAAGUCUCGGGCUCCCGGGUGCAGCGUCCAUGCACGCGGAGGCACGGCUGUGCUGAUUGCACAAAUCGUGUUCAAGGAAAUGCCUCAAGGGUGCUGUGUUCACAAGAAAUGCGGUGCAGGAUGCUCAUGUGGACAUAAAUCUCUUGGUCAGCAAUUUGAUGUUGGAGUUGCAUCCAUUGGAACAGAAGAUUUUUAGACGUUGCAGAUCAUAUCAGGAUUCAAAGGCUUGUCCAUGUGAGUAAGCUAUGUGGCCCUUGCUAGCUUGUGUUGGUUCCUACACAUCUGUGCUGUUUAAACUAGCUAGGCUAAACAAUAUAUACCUUCUUCAAGAUCUGCAAAAUAUCUUUUCGGUUUAGUUACAUUUCAGAUAAAGUGGGUUUUGCUUGAUUUAAAUUGUCGUGUGUUUAGUAACAUUGUGACUGGGUUAACUGAUUACACUAUUUGCUGCAUAGUAAUUUAUUUAAUUUUUGUCUGUCUGUGGGCAUGAACUCAUGAUGUUUAGUUAGCUUAUACGUAUAUCCUUUUAUCGUUGUGCAUUGCAGUUAUCUGUAGGGCAUGUUGAACCGGACUGUAAGAUUAUUAGAAUCAAGAAUAGAACCUGUAAGUUCAACCCAUUUAGUAGCCGCUGUUCAUUUAUUGCCUGUUAUUGUCUUAUUGACACUCCAGCAGAGGGUUCAACUGUGAACCUUUAUGCCUACUAUGCAUUAUGCUAUUGAGUUUAAUUGCCAUUACAGAAUAGUGAUUAUAUGUCUGAACUGUUCGGUAUCAUGAAGACCAGGAGACAUACAUUUCAUUUUCUCUGUGAUGAUCAAGUUACUUCUAUUGUAGGUUCUCGAGGGCAGAGAAAGCAUUGAUUUGAAACACUUCAGGCCUGUAUAAACUUUGAAGUCAGAGAAUAUCAGGUUUAAUGAUUAUAUGCAUCACAGAGAAAGAUGGAAAUGUCAUAUUCCAACUGAAAAAAGCAGAGAUUUGUUUCCCGAUCGGUUAACAACUGUAAGUAGACCCAAGGAUGAUGAGGGACAGGAUGGAGUCGUUGGACAUGACGGCAACAAUGGCUCCCGAGGUAAGGGUGUAUGCUAGGUCUGGACAGGAUGGAGUCGUUGGACAUGGUGGCAACAAUCAUGGAGUUGCUCUCCAUGGUGAGGUUGACCAUUAUACCGUCAAUGUCAUCCACUGCACUGUCAUCGACAUCGAGGAGGAUGGACUUGGCAUCAUCAUGGCAAAGUCAAUGAGCUCCUGGGCUUCUUGUCGCUGGCGGUGGGGUUGGGGCUUGCUGGCCACAGCAGCGCUGAUCCGCCGAACACUUGGAACACCUGCUCAUCGGCAAGUAGUUUCUCAAUCUGAAAUAUGUGAGACAGAGUAUGGGAGUGGGAUGCAUAGAGUUUGCUUCAUGUAGCAUGGCUAUCCAGCAGAGUAUAUAUGCUUUUAGAUUGGAUGAGGAACACCGUGCAGUUGGAAUCCAAGAACUCCUUGAGAACGAUAUCAGUGUGUUGAUUUAUGCUGGAGAGUAUGAACUCAUAUGAAACUGGCUAGGUCGAGUUCUGUCCAGAAGUAUUAUAUCAUAAGGAUUGUUAUGUUCACGCUCGGCAUUUAAAUAUGAUUCUCAACUAAUGUUUGCAAUGGAAA